AGGAGUUUACCAACAGCCACCAGCCAAGCAUGUCCAAGCUGGAGCCAGGCCAAGAACAAGCAGCACUGCCAAAACCUGGGCAGCGAGUGGACAGCGGGGGUGCCUCGGCGGAUGGAAACAUGCGGGAACUGCUGGGCAGCAGCUGGAGGAAGUUUGGACACGGCGGCCGGGGGACAUACAAGUGGUUAACCAGUGAACCGAGCCUACCUCUCCCGGAAACCCAGCUGCAGGGCGCCCAGAAGAUAAGUUCCAGCAGAGAAGACGCGGAGCCCUUCCUGUGCAUCCUCCUUCCUGCCACCAUCCUGCUCUUCCUGGCCUUCCUGCUGCUUCUCCUGGUCCGACACUGCAAGGACCCCCGGCCCCAGGCGCAGGUUUUCAGCAUCGACCCCCCAGAGCACCCACCGGCCGCAGAGGGGACUGACCUCCUGCCUGGCUUACCCUGGAGCAGUGAGCAGGACUUCCCGUACUCUCCCCUGCCCGGGUGGGGGGGCCCCCACUCUGCAUGUUUACCGCCCUCCUAUGAGGAGGCCACCAGGCAUGCCCCUGGGGAGGAUGCCCGGGAUGGGGUCCUCCAGGAGGAAGAGGGCUCACCUGGACUGGAGGAACUAAUAUAAAUGCUCUCAGAAACCACUGAAGACACAGCUCUCAACCCUUAACAGACCCCGUCUGAGGAGGGGCGAAGGUCAUCGGGGCUGAGGAAGCUGUUGUUCCCUGCAGACCCUUGGCUGAAGGGACAGUCUGGGCUGGGAAAGCCUGACAAACGCCCAUCCAGUCAACCCGUCUCAAGUUCCUGAGGGAAAACCCUCCCCAGGUUGUUCUAAAAGUGACUGGGCUCUUCUAAAAUGCACACAUCCCUGGGGAAAAUGGGAUAGAGCUCUGUGAGUGGAGAAAAAAAUUAGAAUUACUAAUGAACAUAGGAACUAGCUCUGAAGAGAAGGAAAAUAGGAAAAUGCGGAUAUGCCAAAGGUUACUGCUUCUGCCACCAAGUAAAACUUCUCUUCCUACACAGGUUUUUCAGGGUCUUCUGGGUUCAUGUCUGCGAGGGCUUUAGGAUAGUAGAGAGUUCCAGAGGGAAGAAAACACACCUCUGGGGCUGCGGGGGUCGAUUGUUGUGUUGUAGAUGAUGGUGAAAUGUGUUUCAAUGUUAACAGUCAAAGUACAGACACUUGCGAUCAUUUUAGUUAAAAAAUAAUAAAGCUCUCCCAAAUGGCCUCCUCACAGUGUCUCUCUUGCUCACUGUCUUCUGAUUUGCUUCCUGGAGCAGAGGACUCGGCUUGGCUUCCCGGGAACGUCUCGCACUAGAGCCUCGGGGCGUCCCACGGUCCAGUGGCAGAGUUGCUGCUGUGACACAUGUCAGGGGAUACGACAACAGAAUGAGUGGCUGUCGCCCAGCAGAGUAGAAGUCAGUCUAACCCUGGAAGGUAAAGGUCAAAAUUUUGGAUCAAGGGGUAAAGAGAAACACAGGGACCUUGUGAA